ACGGCUUCUCCAUGUGGAUGUUGCAAACUGUCAACAUUGACCUGUCGUCAUCUUCGAGAGUCACUCCUCGAGACUAAUUCACUCAGCAACUGUGGAAGCUAAGCUGUUCAGGAUGAAAGUUGUCGGAUCUACCUGCGCCCUGAAGACCAAGGUCAGCGGAGAGAUCGGCCUGUCCGACCAGAGCCUGGCCAUCUCCAAGUGCAAGCUCCCGCUGCUGGACGAGCAGAUGAGCGUCUUCCUGCAGGACAUGAACAGCUGCUACAGCAAGCUGAAGGAGCUCGUCCCGACGCUGCCCACGAACAAGAAGGCCAGCAAAGUGGAAAUCUUGCAGCACGUCAUCGACUACAUCUGGGACCUGCAGAUCAAGUUGGACGAGCCGGAGAAGAGCCGUCAGCACUCCUCGGGGAGCGUCCAGCGCACGCCGCUGACCACACUGAACGCAGAGCUGGGGAGCAUCACAGUGGAGAACGGCUGCUCAGACGAGAGAAUCAUGUGCCGUUAAGGAUCCAUGGAGCCCCUCCACCCCCCAAUCAUUCCAGAGAGGACAAGACAACCUGAUGCAGCGGCCAGAGCGCAUCGGCAUCAAGUCUUGAACUGUGAGGGGACGUUUGAAACUCUCUCAGCUAGAGAAAUGUAAUAAAAUCAUCGAAGGGGACAUUCUUCAAGUGACGGGGUCUCGAUUCAUCCGAGCGCCCCGCUGCUAGAGGACUAGCGCAGUGUCCAGAUACAGAGACUGGGUUAGUCGUGGGACCAAGACAUGAUCAGAGCGACCAGCGUGUUGCUCGCAGCUUCAUAAUGACUUUGUAACGCCCUUUGUAUUUUUGUGUAAAUCAAAUAGAGAAUUCUGUAAAGUAAUUUCUCAGAUUCCUGAGCGACAAAACUGUAUUGUAUAUUACAAUGCCACAAUAUGUGAAGAUAUUGUUUUCUUACAAUGUACCUUAUUUGUGUUUUUAUUAAAACAAGACUUAUUUUUGAACAAGAA